AUGAGGAGGGUGGCAAGUGCUCGGAUCGUCACGCUGAUGAGUGAGUGAGUAGGCGACGCUUGACUUGCUUCAUCUCCCUCAUACCAUCGCUGAGUGGCACAGUUCUUCAUUGCACACAGCCAUCCUUUUCUCUUCACCCUUCAACAACAGCGCACGUUGAUCGACCAUGUCGGACAUCCAAGCACGGUCCAGCCGGAUCCUCUCCCACCUCAACAAGGAUCACAAGGAUUCCUUGCGAGCCAUUGUCGCCAAAGCCGAAGGAUCGGUCAUCUUGCCAUACGACGUCAAGGCCACAUCCAUCGAUGCCAAGGGCUUCACAGCAGAGUAUUACAUCCAUCAAUCGCUCGGCAGCAAGCCUCGUCGUCAAGUCGUAAAGGUGGACUUUCCCAAGCCUUUGGAAAAGGCGGAUGAAGCGAGACACGUCUUUGUCAAGCUCAGUGAUGAGGCAUCUGGGCUCUGGGUGAGUGAAGGGAGGAGCAGCGAGCUGACCAUUGAUGGUAAAAGCGCCUGAAUUUAGUCAAGCUGAGUCGAGGUGCAUGCAGGCUGACUGAGGACCAAGCCUUUGACUACGCACACACAGUACCCAGUCCGAUUCUCCGCUCAUCCUCUGCUACCGGGAGCUGCACUGAUCGCAAGUCUGCUCUACCUAGCAUCCAAAGCCUACGACAUUCCCGCCGCUCAGAUCACCUUUUUGCCCAUCCUGCAAAAGUAUCCAGACGCUCCGGAAAUCGCAGAAAAGAUCUUCAAGACUCUGGCUGGCGUGCACACCGUCGAAGCGGUGCUCAUGCUACUGUACGUGCUCAGAAAGGGCGGCAGUCUUGCUGUUGCUGUGAGUGAUUUCGACAGGCGUUGCUUUUGAGGAUUUGCAUUGACGAUGUAGCUCACCAUUCUGCUCGCGCGAACGAUUUGCAGAUCAAGUGGGCCGUUCAACAACUCUUCGUCGGCUUCCCCAACUUCUUCGGAUUCCAGAGUGAGUUUAGCCAUCAAGUUAAAGGCUUUCAAAUAAAGCAGAGAUGUGCUCAAUGUUCUGACCUGCACCACACCCAGAGAUCAACCCUACUGGCCCGAAGGACAAGAACCCUGCGAAGCUCUUGUAA